AUGGUCAAGUUGGAAGAGCAGGGGGACGCAAUGACUACGCCGGAGGUUGAGAAAGAUGUCAGGGUAUCGCCCGAUAGCGGCGAGAUGGUGACGAAGGAGGGCGGAGGCAAUAAGAACAAGAAGAAGAAGAAAAGCAGGAAAAAGAAGAGCAUUGCGGUUACAGGUUCCAAGUUGCCGCCAUUCCGUGGCGUUUCGGGCUUUACAGAUAGCUACGUGGCUGUGGGUCAAACGGAGCCACCCACGAUCCCCAUUGAAAAGCUUUUUCCGGACGGUCAUUACCCCGAGGGCGAGAUUCAAGACCAUCCGGGAGACUUGAACACAUUCCGCAUUACAAGCGAGGAAAAGCGCGCGUUGGACCGAGCGCAAGAAGAUCUGUAUGAGACGGUGCGCCACGCGGCCGAAGUGCACCGUCAUGUGCGCAAGUUUGCACAGAGUAUCAUGAAACCUGGAGUAAAGCUCAUCGAUAUGUGCACGCAGCUUGAGAACAAGAACCGCGAGCUCGUUGUUGAAGCUGGUUUUGCUCGCGGCAUUGGCUUUCCUACGGGCUGCUCACUGAACCACGUAGCGGCUCACUACACGCCCAAUUCGGGCGACGAAACGGUUCUGUCGUAUGGGGACGUCAUGAAGGUGGACUUUGGCACGCACGUCAAUGGACGCAUCAUCGACAGUGCGUGGACCGUGGCAUUUGACCCGCAGUUUGAUCCGCUGCUUAAGGCUGCCAAGGCUGCUACGGAGGCGGGUAUUGCAAACGCUGGUAUCGACGCCCGGCUGGGUGAAAUUGGUGGCGCUAUUCAGGAAGUUAUGGAGUCGUUUGAGGUCACAAUUGAGGGCAAGGUCUACCCGGUCCAGUCAAUUCGUAACUUGAACGGCCACUCCAUCGGUCCGUACCAGAUCCACGCUGGCAAAAGCGUUCCGAUUGUGAAGACGGAAGACCAGACCAAGAUGGAGGAGGGCGAGAUUUUCGCUAUUGAAACGUUUAACACCACUGGUCGUGGUUACGUGAUUGAAGACGGCGAAUGCUCGCAUUAUGCGAAGGCGUUUGACGCACCUCAUGUGCCUUUGCGUCUGCCCCGUGCCAAGAAGCUGUUAGGACACAUCACUCGGACAUUUGGCACGCUGCCGUGGUGCCGCCGAUGGAUCGAGCGCGAGGAUGGUGGCUCUGCCGCCAUCAACCCGAAGGGUGCCAAACAGGAAAAGUACCUAAUGGCUCUGAAGAAUCUGGUGGAUACGGGAAUUGUCACGGCAUACCCGCCACUAGUGGAUGUGAAGGGUAGCUACACGGCACAGUACGAGCACACGAUCAUCCUGCGCCCCACGUGCAAGGAGGUUGUGUCUCGCGGCGACGACUACUAG